UCUGUCUUUUGUGUGACCAAUGGGAAAAUACACUUAUUUACACCAUGCAUUGUACAUUCGUAUUUUGAGCACAUUGCAAGAAUUAAAUCUAUUAUGGUGAUAUUAAAAUAACCAAGACUGUGUCGACUGUCCCGGCAUGGGGGACAUGAAGACCCCCGAUUUUGAUGACUUGCUGGCUGCAUUUGACAUUCCUGACAUUGAUGCCAAAGAGGCCAUUCAGUCUGCCCGUGAUGAAGCCGAGGGCCACCACGGGUCGGGCAGCGGGACCCUGGGCAAGCCCGGGGAUGAUGGGGCUGACGGGGGUCACGCAAUGAGACCCACAAGCCCCCCUGGAUCGGACUCGCACGGAGACCCGCCCAUCGUCAGCGUGAUCGUGAAGAACCGUGUCCGCGCUGAAACCCUGGACGGCGGAGAGGGGACGGUCUCCGAGAGGGAGCCUGCGGACGGAACACCCGGCAUCGGACUCGUACCGCGGCUCGGGACGCGGAGCCCCGGUCUGGCGCCUCCGGAAUCGCUCAACCACAACGGGUUCGUGUCCUCGAGCGCGUCGGGUCACCUCCCUCAGAGCCAGGGUCAGUCCAACGGGGACUCGUGGCCCCUCUGCGCCCCGAAGGCGACCCCGGACAGCGCCGAGUUCCUGUCGGGCUCCGCCAGCUCCUCCAAGCAGGGCGGAGGCAACAUCUUCAACAAGCUGAAGCCGCUGAUGGCGCAGGGCUCGGGAGACCCCAUCGGCAGGGCGCGCAAGAUGCAGCUGCUGCAGCAGCAGAAGCACCUUCACAUGCAGCAGCAGCAGCAGCAGCAGCAGCAGCAGGAGGCCCCUGCCCUGGAGGCCAAGCCAUCCAAAGCGCCCGCGACGGCUACUGCGGCUGCUGCUGCCGCAAGCUCGGGGCCCCUGGCGUCGUCUCCGUUCUUCCCCCCUUCUAAAGCCAUGCAUUUGCCUUCCUCUGCGUCCUCUUCAUCGUCGUCCUCUUCCUCCUCCUCCUCUUCUUCCUCACACGCCAACAAUCCCCGCGCGUCCGGGCCACUGGGCUCGUCGGUGCCGCUUCAGUCGUUCAACGGCACCUCCAGGUCGGGCCAGGCGGGUUUCCGACGCUUGGACUCGGACGAGGAGGACUCGGACCCGGAUCUGGGAGCGCCGCUGGUGAUCCAGGAGAGCCCCGGCUCGCCGGCGUGCACCGCCCCCAAGAUGGCCCGCCGCGUGCGCUCUCCCGCCGGGAGCUUCGAGUCGCCCUCGCUGCCGUCGUCCGGCUCGUCGUCGUCCUUCCCCAAGCCGGGCGACGUGCCCUCGGCCUCGCCGGCCUCGCCGCAGGGCCAGCAGAACUGGCUCUCGUCGCCCUCCUCCUCCCAGACGUCCGCCACCAGCAAGAGCUCGCCGCAGGAGGAGCGGCACCCCGAGCACGUGGUGGAGGAGAGGGACUCCCCCGAGAGCCCCGAGCCGGAGGCCCCCAAGCCGGCCUCGACCUCGUCCGCGCCCAAGAGGAGCUCCAGUCCUGCGGCCGCCUCCGCCACCAAGACGCCCUCCCCGGCGCUGAGGGAGCCGAAGGAGGAAGAGGAGGAGAUGGAGGUGGCGAAGGGAGCGGCGGAGAAGACGGAGGAGCGGAAGGAGCCGGAGAGCAAAGGAGCGGAGGAGGAGAAGAUGGAGGUGCAGGAGGAGGGGGGGGAGAAGGCGGAGGGGAAAGCGCAGUCGGCCGAAGGAGGCGUGGCGCCGCCCGUCGCCGUGGGAACGGCCACGCCGGCCGGCUCGGCCCCGUCGCGGCCGCUCAAGGUGCGCAUCAAGACCAUCAAGACGCCCACGGGCAGCAUCACCAGGACGGUGGUGGCCUCGUCCAAAGGAGCCGGCGCGGGGAAAGGGCUGGAGGCCAUCAAGGCCCAGCAGGGCAGCGCGGUGCCCGCCAACCGAGCCCGGAGGACCAACGCGGCCGUGGCGCGCGUGGCCAAGAGCUCGGCCUCGCUGCCCGUGUCCACGCUGGAGGCCAGCAGCGCCAUGUUGGCCGCCGCCACCAAGGCGCAGAGCAAGAUGGCCUCCCCGUCCGACAAGGGCAAGCUGAGCGCCACGGCGGUCAGCGUCACCAAAACGGCCGCUCUGCCCGCCACCUCCGUGGUCAGCGGCAUCAGCGUCCGGCCCGUGGCCAAGGCCUCCAACGGGGGCACGUCGGUGGCCGGCGGCGGUGGUGGCGGCGGCGGCGCUGUCCACCAGCCCUGCAAGCCGGCGUCCAUCGUCAACAGCACGGGCGCCGUCAUCUCGCGCUCGCAGUCCAGCCUGGUGGAGGCCUUCAACAAGAUCCUCAACAGCAAGAACCUGCUGCCCAGCUACAAGCCCGACCUCUCCGCCCCCCCGCCGCCCGAGUGGGGGCUCGGCAUGCCCGCCGCCGGCUACCGCUGCCUGGAGUGCGGCGACUCGUUCGCGCUGGAGCGCAGCCUGGUGCGCCACUACGACCGGCGCUCGCUGCGCAUCGAGGUGACGUGCAACCACUGCGCCAAGCGGCUGGCCUUCUUCAACAAGUGCAGCCUGCUGCUGCACGCGCGCGAGCACAAGGAGCGCGGCCUGGUCAUGCAGUGCUCGCACCUCGUCAUGCGGCCCGUCAGCGUCGAGCAGAUGAUCAGCCAGCAGGACAACGCGCCCAUCGGCAUGCUCUCUCCGUCUCCGUCUCUCUCGUCGACCCCGGCUGCCCCGCAAGUCACCCCCUCCGUCUCCACCGCCACCCCCAGCCCCCAGAAGGACUCGCCGUCGCCCUCGGCAACGGCAACCCUGCCCGCCGCGCCCCGGCGUCUUCCCAGCAGCCCCCAGGCCAUCAUGCCCCUGCCCUGCAAGAAGGUGGACGUGCUCCAGUACAACAACUUCAAGUGCCCCGAGUGCCAGGCUCAGUUCGGGGGCAAGGCCGAGCUGGUCGCCCACUUCCAGCAGAUCAGAGCCACCCCCAACUCUACGUGUAUGCUGUGCUCUCCGCCCAUGAUGCUGCCCAACUGGUGCAGCGUGGCGGCCCACCAGCGCAUCCACAAGCAUCGCGCGCCACACGUCUGCCCCGAGUGUGGCGGCGUGGCCCGCCAGGCCAGCUUCCAGACGCACCUGGAGGAGUCCUGCCUGCACUUCGCCCGACGCAUCGGAUACAGGUGCUCCAUCUGCCAGGUGGUGUUCGGGGGCCUGAACUCCAUCAAGUCCCACAUCCAGACGGCCCACUGCGAGGUCUUCCACAAGUGCCCCAACUGCCCCAUGGCCUUCAAGUCUGCCCCCAGCGCCCAGUCCCACAUCAGCACCCAGCACCCCACGCUCACCACCACCCAGCCCAAGAUGAUCUACAAGUGCGUCAUGUGCGACACAGUCUUUACCCAGAAGCCUCUGCUCUACGUGCAUUUUGACACUCACCUGGCCAAGCAGAAGGUGCACGUGUUCAAGUGUCCUGACUGCACCAAGCUCUACGCCCAGAAGGCGUCCAUGAUGGAGCACAUGAAGACCGUCCACAGAGGCCUGUCUGUCAAGCCAGAAACCCCGCCCACCACCAGCACCAGCACCACUACCCCAGGCACCACGCCCCUCACGGUGCAGCCAAUCCCGAAAGCCCGAGGACAGGAAGGGGAGGAGUGGAGCGGGGAGCCCGGGGAGGAAGAGGGGGACCGAGAGGGGGAGGGCGGAGAGAAGGAGGAGGAAGAGGAGGAUGAGGAGGAGAACGAGGAGGACGAGGAGGCCGACAGCUCGCCGGAGAGUUCCUCCAUGGAGUGGAAGUGCCGAGAGUGCCGCACGCGCUACUCUGAGAAAGAGGACUACAUCUCCCACAUGAGGAAGGAGCACGGCAAGCCCAUGAAGAAGUUCCCGUGCCGCAUGUGCGAACGCUCCUUCAGCUCGGCCAACAGCCUGCGCCGCCACGUGCGCGUCAUCCACGAGGGCAUCCGCAGAGUCUUCCAUUGCCAGUACUGCUCUGAGGGGAAGCGCACGUUCAGCAGUCGUCUGAUUCUGGAGAAACACAUCCGGGUCAGACACGGCAUCCGCUCCAGACAACCAGUAGACAGACAAGGUCCUCCCAACACCAGGAAGCGCUCUGGUCCGGCGGAGGGUGUGGGCAGCUCGUCUGAGCAGGAAGGGGAUGGCGCGUUCGAAGAGGGGCCCGAGGGCCCUGGCGCUGGCGGGCCGGCGAAACGCUGGCGUCCCUCGGCGACCGGCCCGGGCGAGGCCUCCUCGACGGCGGCGGCACAGGACCGGACCUCGCCCCGCCAGGAAGGGGAGGAAUCGGGCAGCGGCGAGGGUGAGGAGAGCACGGGCGUGGGCGCCGCCGCCACGCCCGCUAACGCCGCUAACCCCGUUAGCGCCGCCGCUAGCGGCUACAAGUGCACGCCGUGCGGCUUCGCCACGGAGGACUGGGCGGAGUUCCAGCAGCACAUCCCGCAGCACCAGGCGGAGGGCGGCGUGGGGGGGGCGGGCUCGCUGCAGUGCACCCAGUGCGGCGCCUGCUUCGCCUCGGCCGGCUCGCUCGCCCGCCACCGCUUCAUCACGCACCGGCUGCGCAACGAGCCGCGCCGCGGCCACGGCAAGAACACCGGAGAGGCCGGCGGUGCUGGCGGCGCCUCCGGAGCCUCGCCCGACAACGGCGGGGGGGCGACGCCCGACGACGGCUCCCCGACCUCGCCGCUCCGGGGCGAGGACGGGAGCUACGGCUGCCGCGUGUGCGGCCGGCGCUUCGACAAGCAGCCCGACCUGAACACGCACUUCCGCACGCACGGCAUGGCCUUCAUCACCGCACACAAGAACGACAAGCCCACAUAGAGGAGGAGGAGGAGGAGGAGGA